AUGCCUUCUUAUACGAGAUUUCUCAAGAAAAUCUUGAGUGGGAAGCGAGAUCUUGACGUAAAGAAGACGGUGAACCUCACCGAGAAUUGUAGUGCUAUCAUUCUUAACAAAACGCCACCCAAACUCAAAGACCCGGGAAGUUUUUCUAUCCCUUGUGCUAUUAAGGAGCUUGAAAUAAGCAAUGCGUUGUGUGAUUUGGGUGCUAGCGUUAUUAUACUACCUUAUUCGGUGUUUUCCAAGCUUGACGUUAGAGAUCUUGUCCCAACCAACAUCACCUUGCAACUUGCCGACCGUUCGGUCAAGUAUCCUAUUGGCAAGGUUGAGGAUGUUCCCCUAGUGGUUGGCGAGCUUACUUUCCUUGUGGAUUUCGUCGUCUUGGACAUUGAUGAGGAUGCCCAUACCCCCAUUAUCUUGGGGAGGCCAUUUUUGGCCACCGCGGGUGCUCUUAUCGAUGUGCAAGAAGGACUAAUCACUUUGAAAGCGGGGAGACGCGAAGGCUAG